GGUGCGUCGGCAUGCAUAUACGCGUAUACCUAUAUAAAAGUGUCAUCGUGCCAUUCCCGAGGAUAGUCGGCCGCUGCGCAUCGAGCGAACAUGAUCGAGCUUUUGGUGCUUUUCCUUGGCAUUUACGGGACAUUGGCGGCUCCUCAUUCGCAUCACCUGAAUGAUGACGUCCAUCAUCAUCUGGACAACAGUGCGGACGUAGUCGACGGUCAACUGCCCGGUACGGAGAACCUCAACGAGAAGGCACUGCCGAUGUCUCAAUUGCUCGCUAUGGAAACGAAUAAUCUGCCGGCGAAUAAUAAUUUGGACGAAAGAUCUCAGAUACCACAUCGACUGCCCGGGACGGGCAAUCUGGCGGAGAAACGAAUUCCCGAUGUCGUCCUGAAGAGAUUGCAAACUUCCGACACGAAAUGAUGCGAGAAAAACCUCGAAAACCCGGCAACUCGUUCGAUAAUAUUAACAUUGGAAGCACGUACGCUGCUUCUUACUGCACGCAGAAAUCGCUACGAUGAAAAUAUAUUUAAAUGAUUGGGACGGGCACUGAUAUGCAUUCUGCAUAGGCAUUUAACUGUUUGCAUAUAAUACCAGGGCUAUUUACAUAAGCUACGUGAUUAUAUUUUUCUCCGUCAAGUGAGACUCUCUAAAAGGACGUUUUAAGAUUAUUUUAUCACCGAGGAUUUAUUUAUGAGAAUCUUUUUACAUUAAUUAAGAUUAUAUCUUCUCGCAAAAGGACGCCUCUACGUGUUAUAAUCAUCAGUAAAUUUCUUGCUGCAGUCUUUCUGCGGUACCUGGAACAGAGUAGAUAAUUUGGACUUGUUAUUCGGUAACAACGUAAUUUCGAGGGUAAUGGAAUGGCCGCGAGAGCGGAUGAAUUCGCACGGGAGAAAAUAUGCAAUUUGCGCUUUCUUUUGCUCUCGGACACCGCCAUUGCUUCACGAGAUUGCUGUUAUUAUAUGCAUCACGACUGUAGUUGUGUAUAGAUAAUGGUAUAAAAUUAGCGCUACUGUUUAUUUUAAGCUAAGUUUUCAAAACGAUGUACUCGCAAAGAAUAAAGGAAUGUGAAUUCCAUCGUAAACAGAA